ACUUUGAUGUGACAAGAAGAAUCCUCCACUCACUAACGUGUGGAUAACUUUAAUACACUCUCACACAUCUUAUCCUACCACUCGGAGAGUCGCGUUUGUGUUUGGUCCGGCAUAUCGCUGGUUGGUACCAGAGAGGAACGAUAUCGAUGAGCAGCAAGUCUAGGAGCUUUCAAGCUGCCGUUGGAUUUGGCGUCGUUUCGAGCACUCCAGACCGCCAAACGUCACGCCUCCCCAAAAUAGUCCUUGACGAAGCCGCCCGUCGAAAAGCACAGGAGCGACAUUUAGAAGAACUUCAGCAAGACAAUUAUGCAGCCGAUAUCCCAGAUACCGCCGAACUAGAGAUAGUAUCAUCCGCAAGAAAGAAACGGGUUUUGGAAGAUGAGGACCCGUCUGCCCGAACAUCCAUGAACAAGCGUCAGAAACGGGCAUCCGUAAAGCGAAUCCUUCUCCAAAAGAAAAAUCUGGCAACCCUGAUACAGGAAUCUAAUAUUGAAAGUAUGCCGCCUGAAGUACCUACCUACCUAACAGCAGCAGCAGCACCAUCCCGCUUUCCUCCCCGUAAAUUCUGCUCUGUGUGUGGAUAUUUCUCGCAGUAUAAUUGCAUACGAUGCGGCAUGCGAUAUUGCUCAAUAACCUGCAGAGACACGCAUAAUGAGACUCGAUGUCUCAAGUACACGGCAUAAGCUGCGGCGUGCUUUUGACCAGCCACUUGUUGAAAGCCAUCAAUCACUUGCUCGCUGUAUUCUCCAAAACUUUUUAUUUGCUGUGUAAAUAUUCCUAAUUUAGAUAUCGCUAGACUGUACAUGUAUCGUUUGUUCAACACCAAAGAGACACCAAUCGGGCCUGCAGGCCAGGCAUAUACACCUUUACGC